AUGUCAUCAAAGUCGAAGAAGGGUACUUUGAAGAUUUUAGCUGGUAAGGAAAAGCCAAACUUGGGUCAAUUUGCCAAGCCACCAGAAUGGACAGAAAUCUUGGCCUAUUUCCGUGGAAGUGAAUUACAAUCAUAUUUUACUAAACUUUUGGAAGAUAACUUGAAGACUACUAUGAAGCCACAAUACGUCGAUCAAAUUCCUCGUGCCGUCAAGGGUAAAGUUCUCCCUAUGCUUAAGAGUAAGGAUGAAAGAGAAGUUUUGCAAGAUCAAAUUGAAAAGCUUGAUUUGGGAAGUGUUUUGGAUAGAGAAAUUGGUGACUUGUCUGGAGGUGAAUUGCAACGUUUUGCUAUUGCCAUUGUCUGUGUUCGUAAAGCUGAUGUUUACAUGUUUGACGAACCAUCAUCAUAUUUGGAUGUUAAACAAAGAUUGCAAGCUGCUCAAGUUAUUAGAGAUCUUUUGAGUCACGACAACUAUGUUAUUGUCGUUGAACACGAUUUGAGUAUUUUGGAUUAUUUGAGUGACUUUAUCUGUUGUUUAUAUGGUGUUCCUGGUGCUUAUGGUGUUGUUACUAUGCCUUUCUCUGUUAGAGAAGGUAUUAACAUUUUCUUGGCAGGUUUCGUUCCAACUGAAAACUUGCGUUUCAGAGAAGAUGCUUUGAACUUCAAGGCCAGUGAAAAUCUUGAAGAAAUUGAAGAAUCUGCCUCAAGAAAGACCUAUUCUUAUCCUGCUAUGAAGAAGUCUUUCGGUAAGGCUUUCGAAUUGAGCGUUUGCCCUGGUUCAUUCUCUGCUUCUGAAAUUGUUGUCUUGUUGGGUGAAAACGGUACUGGUAAAACUACUUUCAUUAAGAUGCUUGCUGGUAAGGAACAACCUGAUGAUCCUUCUGUCAAUGUUCCUGAAUUGAGUGUUUCAUUCAAGCCUCAAACUAUUGCUCCAAAGUAUCCUGGUUCAGUUAAAGAUUUAUUGUUGACAAAGAUUAGAGAAGCUUUCUCUCAUCCUCAAUUCAAUGCUGAUGUUUUGAAGCCAAUGAGUAUUGGUCACUUGAUGGAUCAAAGAGUUCAAUUCUUGUCUGGUGGUGAAUUGCAAAGAGUUGCCUUGGUUUUGGCUUUGGGUACUCCUGCUGAUGUUUAUUUGAUUGAUGAACCUAGUGCUUAUUUGGAUUCUGAACAACGUCUCCAUGCUGCUAAGGUCAUUAAGAGAUUCAUUCUCCACACCAAGAAGACUGCUUUCAUUGUAGAACACGACUUUAUCAUGGCUACUUAUCUUGCUGAUAGAGUUAUUGUCUAUGAAGGUGUUCCUUCAGUUAAGGCUCUUGCCAACUCUCCACAAGCUUUGCUCAGUGGUAUGAACAAGUUCUUAAAGUCACUCAACAUUACUUUCCGUCGUGAUCCAACCAACUAUAGACCACGUAUCAAUAAGUUGAACUCUAUGAAGGAUAAGGAACAAAAAGAACAAGGAAAUUAUUUCUUCCUCGAUGAUGAUGAAGAUGAAGAAGAAAAGUCAAACAAGAAGAAGACUGAAAAGAAGAAUACUGAAAAGAAGAAGUAA